AUGCCUUACCCAGUGACGAACGGCGUCACAACCUUUUUACCGCCGCCUGAAGGUUAUGUGGUAGAUUUUGACAACCCUCAGAAGCAAGAUGCCAUCGAACAUUAUCUCGUAUUCGCCAUUCUAGGACCAUUUGCCUUCUUGUUUCUGUUGCAGAGACUCUAUACGAAGUACUUUAUUCUGGGAAGCUUGAAGAUCGAUGAUGCUCUGAUUGUAGUUGCUUGGAUCUGCUCGCUUGUCAUGCAGUCGGUUCAGAUAUGGUCCAUCUCCAUCGGAGGUCUUUGCCAUCACGCAUGGGAAAUGCCAAUAGAAGUAUUUGAGAAGCAUAUGCUCAGCUCGUACAUCGCUGCGCCCGUCUUCAUCAUCUGCAAUGGCUGCAGCAAAACGUCUUUGUUGACAUUUUACCUCCAAAUAUCGCCACAAGUGUGGUUCCGUCGAGUCAUCUUUGGAACCAUCACCUUUGUCGUUCUUUACACUCUUAUUAUCUCUACGCUGCUCCUUUUUGGCUGCAACCCUAUUCAAACAGCCUGGGAUCCGUUCCGAUUUGCGAGUGGAAAGUGUGCCGACAAUGCUGUUGUCUACAUCAUCAUCGCUGUGGUCAACAUUAUCUCCGAUCUUAUCCUUUUUGUCAUUCCCAUACCCAUGAUUAUUCAACUGAAGAUGCCUUUGGGACAAAAGAUUGGAGUGGGCAUUAUGUUUGGCAUCGCCACCAUAACAGUCGCAACGUCAAUCAUUCGAAUGAUCUACCUCCCCGCCCUUCUCGGAGCACUCGACAUCCCCUGGGUUGCUGCCCCCGCCAACGUCUGGUCCAUCGCUGAAGCUAAUCUCUUCAUCGUUUGUGGCUCAAUGCCUACACUACGCAAGUUCUUCAAGCGUAUUGCACCAAAGUGGAUGGGCUCCUCACCUACACCUGAAGAAGCUGUUGUGAUUGAGUCUGUAUCAGAUCAGUCUUCUCGAUUUGGAUUAGACAAGACGAAGAAGAAAAAGCAUACAGGAUAUUCGCAAUUUGAUACGUUGGAGUUGGGAAACUAUCCUGAGACUGUCAGUCAGGAAACGCAAGUGGUCGCUGUUAAGAGCGACGAAGGGGAGUUGGGGAAUGUUUUAUAUAACACGAGUGAGGAGGCGAUUCUACAGCAGAGCGCGAUUGCAUACACGAAGUCGUUUGAGUCAUGGCUUUUUGCAAAGUAUACUUCUUCUUUUGCAUAUCAAGAAAUGACCCCCUGUGACGAUGACUUCCUCUUUGACGCAAAUCACCGACACGACGAGGGCAACGACUAG